UGCAGAAUAACCAUAAUCUUUUUGUUUUUCCUUGCAUCAUGGAAAAUAUGCAAGUAAAGUAGCAAGCGUGAGGCAAAUCUACUCCACUGGUAUGCUUAGGGCCGUGUGUGUGAGAGAAAAAGUAUUUGUUGCCGCUGUCUCUUCGGUGCGUCCUUCUCCGAUGGCCUCAAGUUGCAGAUCUCUUUCUGCCUGGGUGAAAAAGCUGGAAGCGUGAAGUGGGACGGGCAAGCGGGGAAACUCUGGCCCCGUCCCGUUCUCCACUUUUAAUGAGCACUGCGAUCAAGCAGACGUAAAACUCCAGGUGGAACAGGAGCCUGCACAUACGCCCGCUGCACUCAAGUAUUUUCAGUGAACGAAUAAAAGAAAGUGUGCGCAGGGAAUUACUUUUUUUAAACGGCAGUAGGAUUAUUUUACCUACCCAGCAGGAAAAGCCUCACCAGUAAGCAGGAAGCGAGGGGAUGUGUUUCAGAGGGUAAUGAAAAUCUAUUCCCUCUCCCAUCUCUGUAAGAUUGUGUGGUAAUACAAGGACACCUGGCUGACCUGUUGAACCAACACACCACCCAUCAUGAUCAGAGUAUCAGUUACUGUCAUCAUUCUUGCACUCCUCUUGUCCUGUGCAUGCCGGGCCAAGCCUAACGGAUCAAAGAACAAGAAACCAAAACAAGUUGUUCCAGACAUAGACUGUGACGUCAGGGCAGGAAAGAUCAAUCUCCCAGAGUUCAUUGUCAAAUGUCCUGCACACUGUAAGGAAACCAAGCAGCAGGUCUACGGGACAGGCGUGUUCGCCUCCAUCUCCAGCAUCUGCAAUGCAGCCAUCCACAGUGGUAUCAUCUCAAACUCAGGAGGAAAGGUGAUUGUGAGGAAGAUGGCUGGGCAGAACAUCUACAAAGGCAGCAAUUCUAAUGGUGUGCGCUCGCUUUCUUUACCCAAAUGGAGGGAGUCAUUUGUUGUCUCAGUGGGGAAGCCAAAGAAAGGAGUCAUUUACCCCUCUACGCUGGACUACGUUCCUUCAAGACCAACCUAUGUGAAAACAAGUCAAAAGGAGGCCAAAUCACCUGCUGUCACCACGGUACUGCCUGCAACAACAACACCUGAAGUCACCACUACAACUCCUGAACCAACCACCACCACUACCACCACCACAUUGGCUCCCACUACAACCACAACUACUACUAUAUCUCCACCACCACCCUCUACUUCCAAAGCCCGAGCUGCUGCCCAUAAGAUCAGGGAUGCAGGCAGCAGUCACCCAUACCUUACCCAUGUGGCUGCCACGAGUUCAAGACAGUCACAAAACGGUCAAGGAAAGAGCCCCAGCCAAGUAUUCAGAGGAAGCUCCUAUCCGAACAGAUUCCCACAACGUGCCAGUGCAGGUGUCCGCAGAACAGAGGCAGGGUCAGCCAUCAGGAGGCAGCCUUCCUCUCCAGUUGGUCCAGCUUUCAACAAGGUUCAGCCUGCCCCGCCUGACCGGACUCCAACCAUGAGCCAAUCAAACCCUGCUUUUCCCAGAAGGGAUUGGCCACCCUCUUCUUUUACUCGCCCUGAUUGGUACCCUGGAGCUCGACGACCAGCAGAUAUUAGUUAUGCAGUUCCAGACUCAGGAUAUGGUUGGAGUGAGACAGACACAUCUGAGAUUACAGCUCGGGAUCACAGGCCUGAUAUGUCAGAGUAUGAGCGGUGGUUUUAUAGCUUUGGACCCUACCCCCCCCGAUCCCCUGACUCAGAUGGCAGCCAUAAAAUGCCCCUGGAUACAGCUCAUACUAAAGUGGAGCCAGUGGAUGUGUGGAAGCCAGAAGCAAACCUCUAUGAAUCUGGCUUCAAUGUGAGAGAACAAGAGCCCCCACCCAGAGCACCUGAGGCUGUGUCACAGGGAGACCCAAAUUGUAAAGUAGACCUUGCCUUCUUGAUGGAUGGAAGCUGGAGCAUCGGAAAGCGGCGCUUCAAGAUCCAAAAGGACUUCCUGGCUGAAGUGGCUCAGGCCAUUAACGUGGGUGUAGCUGGACCCAUGAUGGGCAUCAUCCAAUAUGGCGAUGACCCCGUGACCGAGCUCAGUCUGAGGACUUACUCCAACUCCAGAGAAGUAAAGUCAGCCAUCGAUAAGAUUGUGCAGAAGGGAGGCCUCUCCAAUGUGGGGAAGGCCCUCUCCUACAUUAACAAGCAGUACUUUAGUGAUGCCAAUGGAAACAGAGGAGGAGCUCCCAACGUUGCUGUUGUGCUUGUCGACGGCUGGCCCACAGACAAGGUGGAGGAGGCAUCUCGACUUGCUCGCGAGUCUGGUAUCAACAUCUUCUUUGUCACCAUCGAGGGUCCCGAUGAGAAUGAAAAACAAAACCUAGUUGAAGCCAACUUUGUUGACAAGGCUGUGUGUCGCACAAAUGGCUUCUUCUCCCUUCCCGUGAACAGCUGGUUUGCCCUGAGGAAGGCCGUGCAGCCCCUAGUGAAGAGAGUGUGUGAUACAGACCGCCUGGUCUGCAGCAAGACUUGCCUCAACGCCAACGACAUCGCAUUUGUCAUCGACGGCUCCAGCAGCGUGGGAACCGGAAACUUCCGCACGGUGCUGCAGUUUGUGGCCAAUGUCACAAGAGAGUUUGAGAUUUCUGACACAGACACUCGGGUUGGGGCUGUGCAGUACACCUAUGAGCAGAGGCUGGAGUUUGCCUUUGGACAGUACAACAACAAGGCUGAGCUGCUGAAUGCCAUCAAGCGCAUCAACUACUGGAGCGGAGGAACCAGUACUGGUGCUGCCAUCACGUACGCAGCAGAGCAGCUUUUCAGCAAAUCCAAACCCAACAAACGCAAGAUUAUGAUUGUUAUUACAGAUGGGCGCUCUUAUGAUGACGUCAGAGCGCCUGCGCUGGCUGUCCACCGCCAAGGGGUGAUCGCCUACUCCAUUGGCAUUGCCUGGGCAGCUCAGGACGAGCUGGAGUACAUCGCCACAGACCCAGACAAGGAGCACUCCUUCUUUGUAGAUGAGUUUGAUAAUCUCUACAAAUUUGUGCCCAAAAUCAUCCACAACAUCUGCCAGGAGUUCAACUCUCAGCCCAGAAACUGAGGGCAGGCUGAUGUUUGAUGAGGAGGAGGUAUUAAGAGGGGCACGUGGAGUCUGGAUCAUCUUAACGGACCUCAGUAGUAAAUAAAUUUACUCACUCUAUUGUCCAGAUGGUGGCGCUGGAUUGGCUGCAGUGCCACAUAUUUCUCAAGGAAAGGGUUUGAAAUUAGGCAAGGAUUGUAGUUUUGGACAAAAUAAAUGUUAAAAUCUAUCAGCAUCUUGUUCCAGAAACACAGAAGGUGCUCAUAGAAACACUAUUUUUGUUCUCUGAGCUGACAGCACAUGGGUGGCAUCUCAAAGUGUCUCAGAGAGCAGCAUAGUCCUGAUCUGUGAAAUCAGUGCUGCCAUUAAGUCAACCAUUAUAAAAGGUUCAAACUUGUUUUAUUGAUGUUAUAAAUAGUUUACAUGCUUUACAGAUGAAUUAAUAAUUAUUGAAAAUCUAGUUUUCCAGGUUGUGAAAUAUCUAUCUGAAUGCUGUCCAACAUAUUUUGAAACCCAGCUUGUUUGUCAGGAUCAAGUUUUCCUUAUUAAAAUUUGGAUUAGAUAACAGAAACAAGUGGAGAACUAUUUCCUCUUUGCAAUGUAUAAUUUGGUUCUUAAAGCAUUUGUAAAUUAUUUAUUAACACUAAUAAAGCUCAUACGUACAACCUUAUAGUACCUUACUAAGCAAUAAUACAUAUAACGCUGCCUUUCUGGGAAAUGGUUCUUGCAGAGAAGCAUAGGUCUAAAGCAUGCCUUGCACUUCAUCUUAUGGCUUAACAUACUUCAUACUUAACAACAUGGUGCUUUUGUGCAAUUCUCUGUAAAGAGGACACACUCAACGAUGGUUAAUGUUGAUCUUCCUCAGGGGAGAUUUGAUGAUGGGACGUUGUUGAAGUUUUUUGGUGCUGAAAUUUACUUUCUAUAUAAUUCUUACACGCAACAAAGAGGUGGGUGUAAAAGCCAAAUCAGUAUGGAAAAAGGAUGUGGACUUGUGUAUCUUGUAUAGAGUGAAAAAGUGCUUUUCAGAAGUAAAAGUGCUAAAUGUCAUCACUAUCACUGCUAGCAGUGGCUGCUUCUAACAUUGCAGGCAUUACUUGGUAUUGUUGAAAGAAUAUUUAUGAUUUUAUCCCUCUUAUUCCUUGUUUGUACAUAUGCUUAUUAAAAUCCUUUUGCUUAGAAUGUUCAGAUUAUUGAUCAAUAUUUUUUUGCAGUUUUUAAUAAAAUAAAGACAGAAAAAAAAGA